AUGCUCGCCCGUCGACUUCUACCCCUCUCCUCCUCUGCCCAAACUCCUUCGUUCUUUCGCGCCUUCACCACCACUUCUCUAUUACGAGACCCUCCUCGCAGCCCUGCCUUGAGCGACCUUACCCCCGACGGAGCAGAUGCUUUCAACUCCAGGCAGAAGGAAUUCCGAGAUGGACUCGAGGCUGCUCGGAAGAGAAAAGAACAAGCUGACAAAGAAGCAAGACAAGCCGAAACCGACACCACCACCAAGCGAACCGGUACUCUCUCUAGCCUCAUCUACGGCACCCCCGAAGGCCAAAACCUUGAUAAAGAGAUGGAAAGGUCGUUCUCCCAGGUGUUGGCCAGGGGCAAAUACGUCCAUUCGAUCGUCUUUCAUGAUGUGAAACCGGACAAGGUCGACGACUAUGUAGAAUUGGUGGGCAAUUGGUAUCCGAGGAUGGCAAAUGACCCGGAGAAUAAGGUGCAUUUGGUAGGAAGUUGGAGAACAGAAGUGGGGGAUUGUGAAACUUUUGUUCAUAUCUGGGAAUACCAGCGCUACACGGGAUACCACGCCUCAUUGCACAGCAUCGCACACCACCCUGAAUUUCCAGCCUUCGAGAAAAAAUUGCAGACUCUUAUCACAUCCAAGAAAAUUUCACUGAUGCAGGAAUUCUCAUUUUGGCCAACUACCCCCCCUCGAAAACUUGGCGGCUUGUUCGAACUACGAUCCUAUACCUUGCACCCCGGAAACCUGUUGGAAUGGGAGACCCAUUGGCGGAAAGGACUCAAAGCACGCCGAGAAGUCAUGGAGGGCGUGGGUGCUUGGUUCGUACAGAUUGGAGAUCUGAAUACCGUGCACCAUCUAUGGCAAUUUGCGGAUCUGGAGGAGCGUAAAUUGAGACGAGAAAUGUCGUGGGGUAUCGAAGGAUGGGGGGAUACUGUGCACAAAACUGUGCCAUUGAUCCAGACCAUGAAAAGCAAGAUCCUUAUUCCCAUGCCGUGGAGUCCUGUGGGUUGA